AUGGUCAACAGUGAAUUGAACAAGCUUCCAUUCCAUGAACAAGAAUUGAUCGAAAAACAUUUGACCAAUAUGAACUUAUUGGGAGGAUUGGAUCAUUAUGACCAUGCUGGAUAUUUAAAGUACUCCGAUAGGAUGGGUAAUUCAUCAUCUGGCUCUGAGAUUUUCAUUCAUCAAGACUUGUUGAAAAACAAUAGUAAUGUUUUGGAGAUGAAUCACACAAGCAAUUCAAAACAAUUAAGUUUUGCCGAUCCUGAUAUUCGUAAACAGUUAAUGGAUGAAUAUAAUAAGCAUAUUUUAAAUCCUUACGGUAAUGGUCUUUCUAGAUUGUUUGAUUGUGUGGAUUUGCACGCUAAUCAAAGACCAAAUGAUAUUGCCAUUCGUGAAUAUAAUACUGGAGAAGAUGUUACUUGGUCUCAGCUUCAGCUCAGUAGUAGAGCUAUUGCUGCCAAAAUGUUAUCUUUGGGAUCCUUUAAAAAGGGAGAUAUCGUUGUUACUCAUCUUCCUCUAUUGAAGGAACAUUUGUAUUUUAUGUAUGCUUGUUGGAGAUUGGGAGUCAUUGUUGUUCCACUCGAUUUACGUUUGAAAGAUAGUGAAAUUUGUGUUUCUUUGGAUAAAUUAUUAGGCAUUACACCAAAUGAUACAAAGGGAAAUGGAAAGGUUAAAAUGUUUGUCUUUUUGGGUAAAACUCCAAUUCAUGAUUUCCGUCCUAUCAUUGACCAAGUAAUGGAUAGAUUUGUUUCAAAAAUUCCACAUUGGAUUCAAUUCCAAAAGGAAAAGGAAUUUAUCAUGCCACGUGCUGUUAGUGUUACUGACUUUUUGUCUGAUGCCAAGAGUGUGUAUAUUAUGAACAGAAUUAAGGAACUGUCACUUGGAAUGAUCCUUCCAUCCUCUUUAGUAUCAACAGUCGCUUCAAUGGAAGCACAAUGCACACGUCGUACACCAAAUCUCAUUAUUUUCACAACUGGAUCAACUGGUGUUUCAAAGGCCGCUAUUCUUUGUCAUGAAGGUAUUUUAAUGCAAAAUUUGGCUACCAAAAUUGCAUUUACAGGUAUCUUCCCUAAUCCACACAAAUUGGUCAACUUGUGCAACCUUCCUCCAUCACAUGUUGGUUGUCUCACUGAACAAGUUUUGACAGCCAUCUAUGGAGGUGGUCAAUUGGUUAUUAUUCACGUUUUUGAACCAGAAAAAUCCCUUGAUGCAGUUCAAAAGUACAAAUGUAACCUUAUUGGACAAAUUCCAGCCCUUUUCUCAAUGGAAUGGGCUUUACCUAACUAUAAAAAAUAUGACAUUUCAAGCUUGGGAAUGGCAAUUUAUGGUGGUCAAGCUGUUACUAAGCCAUUCUUGCAUAAAAUGCAAGCUAUGGCUCCAUAUAUUGGUUCAGGAUUGGGACUUACUGAAACAGCUGGUUUUUGUACAUAUACUCCAGUUGGUAUUUCUGUUGAUCAAAUGUCUCUAAGUAUUGGAUUUGAUGCUCCUUUCUGCCCAAUUUCAAUUCGUGAUCCUCCAAGAAAAGUCACUUGUCCAAGAACAGGCAAAGUCUUCUUAAUUGCAGGAGAAGAAAAAAAGCCAGGAGAAGUAGGUGAAAUUUGUCAUAAUGGACCUCAAAUCUUCCUUGGUUAUUUGAAUGAUUCCAAGACAACAGGUGAAACUAUCAUUCCAAUAGAUUUGGAUACAGCAGCUAAAUUGGAUUAUUCAAAGAUUUUGAAUUAUGAUCCAAUUGAUGGAAAUUUGAAUGGAACAAACAAAUCAGGAAUUGUCAACCAAACCCACCCAGUUAAUUAUUAUAAUCUCCUUUUAUAUACUGGUGAUAUUGGUUCAUAUGAUUCAACAGGUCUUCAUUUUGCUUCCAGAAGAAAAUUCAUCAUCAAGCCAAAAGGAUAUCAAGUCUUCCCAGGUGAAGUUGAAGAACAUUUGGAACAACACUUUAAAUUAUUGGGAGCUCCUCAAAGUUUGAAGAAUGGAAAGCUUUGGGAUAUGGUAAAGUCAAGAUUUGAGGAACAAAAAGAUGAAAGCGCUGUUUUAAGAGUUGGUGUUGUUGGUGUGGAGCAUGAAAUUUAUUCUGAAGCUGUUGUUGCUGUCGUUGAAUUGAAGAAAGACCUUGUUGAGCUUGCCAAACAACACACAACAGAUCCAGAACGUUGGUUCGAUUUAAUUUUGAAUGAGAAGGAAAUUAUAGAAGCAUGUAAGGAUAUUGCUGCUUAUAAGAGACCUUCCUAUAUUGAUUAUUUGGCCUUACAAGAUUUUGCCAAGAAACAAGCUGCUGCUUUGGAACAAAAGAAGAAACUUCGUUACUCGUCACUCUAA